UCAGCUUGUACUUUUUGUAGCAAAUGUGUCAUAAAUACAAUCCACAAAUGCGCUAGUUCUACUUUGUUAUACGCAACAUUUAAAUGAGUGUUAGUGGCACAAGCUAUUUCCUGAAUUUUCUCUUCAUCUGGCAACCUUGCAUGGUAUUAUUCAAUCGGUUGGGUUCUUCGGAUAUUCCAAGCACCAGAUUAACACCGGUUAUUCUCGCAGGGCGGUCAUAAGUUAAUAAAAUUUUGUUUUAAGAUUAGGAGUUAAUAGUAAAUAAAGUGGAAAAUGAGUGCUUUGCGUUCACAUUUUGGGAAAUUGUAAAUAUAUAUUUUUAUUACUGCUCAUUUUGUGAAUUGUGUCGACGUGAAUGAAGCUAUGAACGGUGUCGAGUGAAACGUGUGCAUAGCGUGAAAAGAGCGUUUUGAAAGGAAGAGAAAAGUGGAAAACUGGCGUAGUCCUAGAUGUACAUUGCCUAAAAUAAAAUAUACUAAUUACAACAGCACACAGUUUUUUAUAACUUUCAAUAUAAGUUAAAAGUUACUUAUUUCCAAAAAACAAAAAAAAAAUAAAAUAAAGCAAGAAAAAUAUUAGGUGUGAAUUUUGAGAGCGAGCGAACGAACAAGCAGCGUGCGAAAGCGUUAAGAGAGAAGGUGACAAAAUAUGAUUGUGUGUAUUGUGUGUAUAGCAAAAGAAAAAUAUUUUAUAUAUACAUACAACGUUCAAGAUUGAUUCUACUGGGUUGAGUGGUGUUAAAUUUAUUACAUUAGUAUCUAUAUAUACUUAUAUGUAUAUAGCAUAUAUUUUUUUCUUUUCUCUUAUGAUAAAGGCUAAUUUUGGUUUCAUUCUACACAGCAAAUUCUUAUAUUUAAUAAUGAGUUUCCAAAAUUCAAUUUAUAAUUAUCAAAUACUUUAUUGAUUAGUCAAUAUUCACAUUUAUUAAAACUUAUGGAUUUUGUACAAGUAGCCGAAGAGGAGGGUGAGGAACCCAUAGAGCUUCCAGCAGAGGAGGAUGGAACGUUACUUCUAUCCACCUUGCAAGCUCAAUUUCCUGGUUCAUGUGGUCUAAAGUAUCGAAAUGAAGAUACGAAGGCUGUGCGUGGCGUGCGUUCUAAUGAGGGCCGUUUAUAUCCGCCUUCUUCUGAAGACGGUUGGGGUUCAAGCGUAUUUUUCUGUGUUUUUCCCAAAGAAAACAAACGCAAAAGUGAUGACAACUUGGAAAAUUCCACAGCCAAAACCAAACGUAUUGAAACUCGUUUACGUUGCACUGAUUUAAUUGUUUUGGGUUUACCUUGGAAAACAACGGAGGAUAGUUUGCGCGAGUAUUUUGAAAGUUAUGGUGAAGUGUUGAUGGCACAAGUGAAAAAAGAUAUGAAAUCUGGUCAAUCGAAAGGUUUUGGUUUUGUACGCUUUGGUUCGUACGAAGCUCAGAUGCGUGUACUAUCGUCCAGGCAUUUGAUUGAUGGACGUUGGUGUGAAGUAAAAGUACCAAAUUCUAAAGGUAUGAUGCAUCAAGUGCCAUGUAAAGUAUUUGUUGGUAGAUGUACCGAAGACCUUACCGCCGAUGACUUGCGAGAUUACUUUUCAAAAUUCGGAGAAGUAACCGAUGUUUUCAUACCGAAACCUUUUCGUGCAUUCAGUUUCGUAACCUUUUUGGAUCCCGAAGUUGCGCAGUCCUUGUGUGGUGAAGACCACAUUAUUAAAGGUGUGUCGGUGCAUGUUUCAAAUGCAGCCCCAAAGUCGGAACAAAAUCGUAAUUCUGGUCAUAACCAACAAAAUUACUCGUACAAUUCGCAAAGUAGCAUCGGCAGCGGCCUACACAUGUUACAUCAUCAAGGCCUUAGCGCAAGUGGCAGCACUAGUGGAGGCAGCGGCGGCGGCGGCGGCGGUGGUGGUAGUAAUAAUAGCUCUGGACGCAACGGCCAUCAACGUUCUAGCAAUUCGAAUAAUAUGCUGAGUGAUGGACCUAUGUCGGGCAGUUCUAAUAACGGUUCAUAUGGCAUGAACGGUAAUGGUUACGGCGGCAAUAACAAUGGUUUUAAUAGUGGCAGCAGUUUGGGCGGCAGCAGUAGCGGAUUGAUGGGAAAUACUGGCAACCGGCCCGACGGAUCAAUCACUCCAUAUAAUCGUGGCAAUGGAGGUAAUUAUAUGAAUAGUCGUUCAAUGGGUCCUCAGCAUAGUAGCAGUGGAAAUAUGGGUUGGAAUAAUCAAACAAAUCGUGGGCAUCUCGAUAUGCCCAAUUUACAAGCGUUAGGCAUAAAUCCACAAGGGCCAAAUCCACCAAAUCAAGGUCAAAAUAUGAAUAACCCAUUGGGGGUCGGCCUCAAUUUGAACUCAUUACCAAUGAAUCCUGCUAUCGUGGCUGCUGCCUUGAAUCAAUGGAGUCUACUCGGCAAUCAAUUGCAGAAUCAAUCGCAAGAUCAACAGGUAUCAAAUCAGGGUGGAAAUUUUUUGUCUUGGAUGGCCCAAGCUAGUAACUCCGGAAAUGGUGGAGGUUUAAAUGCCAGUGGCAAAGGCAACAACUCAAAUAAUCCUAGUUCUAAUGGAAGUACAGGCAUGGGCUCAGGAUCCUGUAAUGAUACACAACAGAAUGGCAGUACUAAUUCAAGCAGUCAAGGUUGGUCUCGUCAAAACUCUGGAGGUGUAUCGCAAGGCUCGGCUGAUGUUAAACCGAAAUUCAUUUAAAUUAAAUUAAAGCAAACAAAACAAAACUAAACAAAAAUUAUGUGAGAGCUACCUACUACGUGUGUGUAUGAUGAUAAUUUUGACGCGAUUUUUAAAUUUUGACCGGUAUUUCAUUAAACAUAAAUAAAUAUGUAAUCGUAAAAUGGUUAAAAUCAUGCUUAACAGUAACAGUAUAUUGAUCUGAAUAAAGUUUUAACCUCUAUUGUAGUGCAAAA